GUGACUUGAUGUGAGGAUGGCGGAAGUUCCCAGUCGGUCUAGAUGUUCCUCAGCAAUGGAGAAGUUUGCAGUUUUAUUUGUAUUUUCUUUAUUAUAUACCUGCAGAGCACAAGUGCCUUUAAUCAUGUGGACCAGUAAUGGGUACACUUUGCCAACCCUGCUUGAACCAUCAGCUGGUGAGAUCGUCUCCGGUGCGAAGUUGGCGUCCUAUCUGAAAACAGCCUUGACAACUUCACCACGCAACGUGCUGCUGUUUUUACAGGACGAGUUAAGCAUGGAUGAUUUCACAGCAUAUGGAGGCGUGUACGGCAACAAGGAAGACAGCGCCUUUGUGAACCUAGAGUCCGCAUUGCAGGCAUCCACUCCCAUGGUGCUGCCAGCUCUGGCCUGGACUGCAGCCGACUCGGUCGAGAAGAUCUUCCAGCAAGAGCUGGCAGUUCCAGCACUCAUCACUGCAGCGUCAGAAAUCAGCCAGCUUCAGCUGAACACAGCACAGCCUUUGCUACUGGUCAUCAGGCUCCCAUACACCGCUGGCGCCAACUCAAAAGAGCUUCUUAGGAAAAAUGAUGAGACCAUUGGAAAUGUCCUGACUGCACUGCGAGCUCAGAGUGUGCCUUACACCGCUGUAUACACCGGCCUGAGACCUUCUCAUGUGAUUCAGGACACAUCCACGGCUUGGGAAUUAGCAGGACGCUCACUGCUGCAGGCGACAGAACCAGCUGUCAAACCUCCAGUGACUUUCAACAAUACCGAAGGAAAGAGUUGUAUCCUGCUCUGGGCCGAUAAACUAAACGUCGCCCACGACAAGGGAGGGUUUUUUGAUUUGGGCUCUCUUACUUUCAAUGGCUCUGUCUCUCUAGACGGUUCUUCCUGUAAUGAGACCGUAUCCAGACUUGUCCUGAAUUACCAAAAUGUUCUGAAUUUCAAAUCCUUCCAGCUUAUCUUCACCAUGCGCAAGAUCUUCUUCCCCGUGUCGGCUCGUAACUGGGCGGUCAUGGAGCGGGUGCAGCUGAACUACGACGGCCAGACGGCCAACUUCAACGGCAGUCGUGGAAUCUAUUCUCCCGCCGAAUAUUCCUUCCACUGUCAGAUAGUGAGCAAUACACAGAGCGCACUACUGGUACCACGCACUGUGACAGACAACGCCACCCACUGGAGCAUCCUCUUCACUGACUUCCAGAUCCAGGGCUUCAACGUGACUGGGGAUUUCUCAUACGCCAGCGACUGUGCCAGUUUCUUCACACCGGGAAUCUGGAUGGGGCUGCUCACUUCUCUGCUCAUGGUUUUCAUCCUCGCCUACGGCCUGCACAUGAUUAUGCAGCUGCACACCAUGGACCGCUUCGAUGAUCCGAAAGGCCCGAGCAUUUCAGUGCCUCAGACUGAGUAAUUCGAAGCCAAACUAUUCCUUUCCGGGUUUGAUUUUUGUUUUGUUUUGAUUGUGCUGACCCCGAUUGGAAACCUGUUUUCAUUCCACGUUGUAUCCACAUCAGCGCUACAGCCUUGUGCUGUUUCAGGUAGUUUAUCACAUGGUUUUGCUGACAUUUGUUACAGAAAAGUAAUUUCCCUUUAUGAUGUAAGUAUUCGUUGUAUAAAAUAGUCAGCUGUUCUCUUAAUAGUUUUCUAUUGCCUUUCUGACACUGAAUGUCUUCUACAAUGACAAACCUGGUAUGUAUUUCAUAAGAGUUGUAGCACUUGCCAAAAAUGCCAUAAUCCAAAUGUAUUACUGAAGUAAAAUCCCUUCAGUUUUACCUUUUUUUUUAAUUACUACAGAAGUGUCUUUUAAAACCAAAGCCUGGGGUUUAGUCAUUAAUCUCUGUAAAGAGCUGUUGUGUAGUACUAAAUCUUCCCUAAACCUCCCACCUCCUUUCACAUCCCUGAGUUAUACGAGGAGUGUUCAGUUAGACAAAACUAAACAAUGGUGUGGUGGUGGGAUGAUGUGUUACACAUAACACCACGUCCCAAAAUUUUCUUCCUCUCUUACUACAUGAGUUUGUUAAUGCAAAUCAGUUUUAUUUAUUUAAAAAAAAAUAAUUGUUUUACUUAUGUGGUUUUUCUCAAGCCCUCCAUCCUGAACAGAUUCCUAAGGCUGCUUCUGCUUUCUACAAAGCACUGACACUGGAGACUCCUUCCUGAUCUGUUCAUUGUCAUUCACUAUAUUGUUAUCUAUAGAAAUGAUCAUUUGAAACAAUUUCAUUCAUUUUUAUACCUUAUAGUAAUGAAUUCAAUUUCUACAACUUCAACUUAUGGGUUUCAUUAUGGGGUUCUUAUGAUUACAUUCUUAAAGUAAAAUUAAUCACAUAAGUGUAAGAAAAUGGAUAAGUUGAGUUGUGUAAUUCGAUUGAAUUUAUUACUACAGCGUAUAAAAACAAUUACCUUUUUUUUCCAUUUUAUAAACAGUUCAUGCUUCAGAAUAUUCUCGUUGUAACUCCAGAAGGCGUUUCCUAACUGCGGGACGUGUAAUUUAAUGAACACUUUGCAAUAAUUUAAAGCUUGUAUGUAUAUUUGUGCCAUUUGAAGUGCUACAUGGUCAAAAGAAGAAUGCUGAUGAAAUAAAUCUAUUUAUAAAUGAA